GCAUAAACAAAGGACAGUUCAGUUGAACGGUACCGACCCCGGUGGGUGAGAGUUGCUGAAUGUUCUUGUCUCGACGAACGCGUCCGGACCAGAGGCUGACUGUGGGGAUAAAGCCACUGUGAAGCGAAUGAAGAAACAUCUAAUCUUCCACUUCACUUACAGAGGACUUCUAACGAAAGGAAAAAAGAGUAAAAGAAGAAAAUGGAGUAUAAAUUACGAAAAGCUGAACCUAGGGACGUCUCUGAUAUAUUACGACUGGUGAAGGAACUAGCAAAAUACGAGGAGAUGGAAAACCAGGUGACUCUGACUGAGAAAGAUCUCCUGGAGGAUGGAUUCGGUGACACCCCGUUUUACCAUUGUAUCAUCGCUGAAAUCCAAGGAGAGAGCAGCAGUGACGUGGCCUCAGAUCUGAAAGUGGUGGGCUUUGCCAUGUACUACUUCACCUAUGACCCCUGGGUCGGCAAACAGCUCUACCUGGAAGAUUUCUACGUGACAGAGGAAUACAGAGGGCUGGGAAUCGGAUCUGACAUCCUGCGGCAUCUCAGUGAUGUGAGUACUAAAAGUGUGUUUACGAGGUCUGAGUUGGAGUCACUGCCCAUGUCUCAGAUUACCUUAGCUCCAAAACAGUGUCUGGUAUGGAUGAGAUAGACAAAUACAAGUGGUUAUUAGUAUACAAGGAUAUGUAAGAACAAUGAAAUUAAGCAGCAAUAAACCUUAAAAAAACGGCUCAUAAAACACAGGUCACUGAUUGACAGUUUUACUUUUGCAAUAUUUACACAUUUCUCGUAAACAUAGGAAUCCAGUUGGAUCUGAUUGGACAAACACAGCUAAUAGGGCUCGUAGGGAAUAUAAAAUCAAGUCAAUGCAAAAUUAGACUACACUCUGAGUGUAAGGAGAGUCAUGAAAAAAUAUAGAAAAACACCAACAAACAUGCCAUAGUUUCAUAUUUAUGAAUGAAAAAGUAAAGAAAUAACUUACAUUAAAUAAAUAACCUUGUGUUUAACUUGUUUCUUCUUUAAUCGUUUUUGCGUCUUUCUUCAUAAGCUGUAUAUGUCAGACUGAAUUUACAGUAAAAGGAAAAUAAGUCAUUUAUUACAAUGUAAUUUGGCUAAAUUACUUGGCUAUGUUUUUGAUAUUAAUGAAUUAAUUCACUGCUUAUUUAACUUAUUUCUGCCACAGUGAGAGAUCAAACAUGAACUCACUUUUGUAGUUGUAUUGAAAAGUCAUUAAACUAUCAAAGAAAAACACUUUAAUGAAGAGGACUGCAAUGGGUCAGAAGUAGAAAAAGUGCACAAUGUAAAAAGGUGCAGAAAAGUCAUGUGUUUAUCAUGAACAGGGCUGAAUGAAACCAAAAAAGCAGAAAAACUCACCAAUGACUGAUAACAGCUAUCCAAAAAAAAAAAAAAA